AUAUAUAACAGCUAUCCAAUUGAAUCUGCUGGUUUGCACUAAAUGACCAAUAGCCUUUGUUUUGCCCACAGGAGGGCGGGAUCUAACCGGGGUCCUAAUUUUGUGACCGAAAUGAAAGUUUGCCUGAUUAAUAACGACUUUAUUAAAUUGAUCUCAGACGUAACCAGCUCUGUAGUAUUUAGUUAUUUAUAUGUAAUGUCGUAUAAUUAAAAGAAAAUGUUAUUGGAGGCAUUUACUUUGGAAGUAAAGCAAAAACUUUUCAUUUAUAGUCGGGCAUAGCGUAUGAACAGCUAAGAAGAAAUUCAAAACAUUUUGCACCACUGUCACAGAUCACUGGUAUUGUUUUAACUAUUUGUUCUUUCGUGACCACUUUCAAAACUACAAUUAAGAGAACAUUUGUAGAGCAAGGUCUGCAAAUAGUUUAUUAUCUGUCAAGUAUGAACAAGAGCAUGUUUCGUGGUUGCUUGCUUGCUUGCUUUGUGGAAAUGUUAGCUAAGUUAUGUUAGCUAGCUAGCUAGCCGGGGGGAUUUGUAUAUUUGGCAACUAUGAUAACGUUGAAGAGGUAUUCAUGAAAACUAGAAUGUGACCCGAUUCAAAUAAUUCUAUUGUAUAUAUCUUACCAAAUGGUUCUUGAGGUCGAAAACUUUUUUGGGGUGUACAUGCUGUACUGUACUAACCCCAAAUUUAAGGGUCGUAUCUAUAUCGGCUUCACGGUAAACCCGGAGCGAAGGAUAGGACAACACAACGCGGGUCAGCACAAAGGUGGAGCGAAAAGAACUAGUGGCAGAGGACCAUGGGAAAUGGUUCUCAUCAUCCACGGAUUUCCAUCAGACAUAGCAGCUUUGACGUUUGAGUGGGCAUGGCAGCACCCUCACAUCUCGCGUCGGCUGCUGCAUAUGGCCAAGCGUGUGCGGCGCGAGUCCAGCCUGCAGUUUCACUGGCGCAUCGUCUCCAAUAUGCUGCGUGUGGCACCGUGGAGCAGGCUUCCGCUCACCGUGCGCUGGCUUCGGCCGGAGUACCACCUCAACUUCGACGCAACGCUCUGGCCGCCCCCGCACAUGCCCAUCGCCUUUGGGGGCGUGCGGGCGAAGAAGAAUCGUCCGGCCGCAAAGGCGUGCCAGGAGCAAGGAGAGGAGGAAGAGGGCAGAGUCAAGGAAUGCUGCAAGCUCUGCCUGGAAACUGUGAAGUCUUCAGAUAAAGUGUCCUGCUUCCUGCCAUCAUGUGACAUGGUUUGUCAUCUGAUCUGCCUGGCCCAGCACUUCCUCAAAUCGGAGCCUGGCCACCUGCUGCCAGUAGAGGGCAGGUGUCCCAGCUGCAACCGCACAGUGCUCUGGGGGAACCUUAUUAGCCACAAGAACGGUUGCUACAGUGACCUGGAAGAAAUAGCCACAGUCCCAUCCUCCCAGGGUCCUUGCACUGAUGGACUGCAACCGUGACCAGUGUCUACUGCUCUCAGCAACAUUUGUGGAAGUACUUGCUAAACGGUCACUCGUCAAAGAGUCGGCUUACAGACCUCCAUUGAUCUGAGUAAAGGGUUGGGUUUGGAAACUGUUGCAAUUGUGCUUUUGGCGCGAGGUGAGAUAAUGAAGGCAGAAGUCAGAGGUCUUGUGAGUUUCGGUCAAAGUUCCAGUCAUCACAAUUGUUACCACAGUUGCUGGUAUGUAGAGACCACGUAGCAUAUUCCUGCUAAGGUAUGAGAACACAAGAUCAUUGUAGGAGAAAAACAGGCAGGGCCACAACACUUUUAAAGACUUGAACCGUGUGAACACAUCAGUACAAUUUGUAUUUCUAUUUAAGUACAGUAUAUUUAUAUAUGUUUAAUAAAGCUGUGUGUAAUGAAUUGAA